UCCAGAGCUCCUGGUUAAGAUGUGACGGUUGUUCAAAGAUACUGUGGAUGCUGGUCAGUUGUUUGGAAUACAGAUACAUUGCUUGAAAACCUGGUUAAAGAGGGUAAAGCAGAAAUGACCUGUGUUCACAGUCAGUAUGGACCUCAGCCCUACGAGAAUAACUACUACAGCUCUGAGUUCCUGAGUCCUGACCUGACUACAAAGUUGGCCAUGGAUGUGAGCGGCCAGCGGGACCAAUUGUCUGCCCCUUCCCUGCCCAGCAUCAACUCGCUGGUGGGCGGCUACGCGGGCGAGUUCGAUACGUACUCGUGCCAGAUCGCCACCGCCACCACCUCCCCCUCCAUUGGCGCCGCCUCCGGCCAGCAGUCACCUUUCAAACUGGACGAGUUCCAGGUGUAUGGCUGCUACCCGGGCACCUUCGCCCUGAGUCACCUCGACGAGGCGCUGUCCUCCUGCGGUUCGGACUACUAUGGCAGCCCCGUGUCGGCACCCUCCCCGUCCACCCCCGGGUACCAGACCCAGUCGGCGUCCGCCUGGGAGUCCCCCUUCAGCCCCUACUCCCCGGGCCCCGGGUGCUGGGUGGCCGAAAAGCCGGCGCUGCCCCAGCCCCCUUCCUUCUUCACGUUCACGCCCCCGGCGGAGCAGCUGUCGCCCCUGGGCCAGCAGCAGCCCCAGCUGACGGAGCAGGACCCCUUCGGGCAGGCCCAUCAGCACGCCUCGCCCCUCCCCUUUGCCACCCUCAACCUGGAUCAGGGCGCCCUGGACAGCUCGGCCUUGCUGGAUGGGCCACUCUCUCCCAAAGCCCAGAGCCCCAGCGGGAACGAGGGCCGCUGCGCCGUGUGCGGGGACAACGCCUCCUGCCAGCACUACGGCGUGCGCACCUGCGAGGGCUGCAAGGGCUUCUUCAAGCGCACUGUACAGAAGAAUGCAAAAUAUGUGUGCCUGGCCAACAAAGACUGUCCGGUGGACAAACGGCGGCGAAACCGCUGCCAGUUCUGCCGUUUCCAGAAGUGUCUGGCUGUGGGGAUGGUGAAGGAAGUUGUGCGAACAGACAGCCUGAAAGGUCGCAGGGGCCGUCUGCCGUCCAAACCAAAGAAUGUGCAGGACCCUGUGUCUUUGGCGUCUCCGGUCAACAUCAUCGCCUCCCUCGUCAGGGCGCAUAUUGAUUCCAACCCGGCCAUCGGGAAGCUGGACUACUCCAAGUAUCAGGAGACGGUGGCCAGCCUCUCGGAGAAGGAGGACGCCAGUGACAUCCAGCAGUUCUACGACCUGCUGACGGGCUCCAUGGACGUGAUCCGAAAGUGGGCGGAGACCAUCCCCGGGUUCACCGCCUUCUGCCCAGAGGAUCAGGAGCUGCUGCUGGAGUCGGCCUUCGUGGAGCUCUUCAUCCUCCGGCUAGCGUACAGGUCGAGCCCUGAAAAGGACAAACUGGUCUUCUGCAACGGUGUGGUGCUCCACCGAAUGCAAUGCGUUCGAGGCUUUGGCGACUGGAUCGACUCCAUCAUGGAUUUCUCUCAGAGCCUGCAGCGCAUGAACCUGGACGUCUCCUCCUUCUCCUGCCUCUGCGCCCUCGUCAUCAUCACAGAUCGCCACGGCCUCAAGGAGCCGAAGCGCGUGGAGGAGUUCCAGAACCGGCUCAUCGCCUGCCUGAAAGACCACGUCACCAGCAGCGCCGCCGAAUCCAGCCGGCCCAACUACCUGUCGCGGCUGCUGGGCAAGCUUCCGGAGCUGCGGACGCUGUGCACCCAGGGCCUGCAGCGCAUCUUCUACCUGAAGCUGGAGGACCUGGUCCCUCCCCCACCCAUUGUGGAUAAGAUCUUCAUGGACACCCUCCCCUUCUGAGGGGAGAAAAAUAAUAAACCACAGCCAGGAGCGCUGGAUUGGUGCCUCGAUGGUGUUUGAGGGGGUGAAAAAAAGACUUGAAGAAGUAAACGCACUGACUGGUUUAUAAAGUAGAAUGCUGAUCGGGUUCCCAGCUGCCUUUUGGGGUUUUUGAAACGGACACUUGCCCCCUGACUGGCUCCGCCCCCUUGGAAUGCACUGACUGACAGGGAGGGCAAGCCAGCUGACAAGAAACCACUUUAAGGAGAGGACUGGAACUGUUUUUUUUUUUUUUGCUACCCUCUCACUCACUUAAAAGCAAACAUUGUCCUCUGUGGAUUAUCAGUGGCAAGAGAUACAGACGGUACCGUACAUUUCUAUGAUUUGUAAAUUUUGUAUGUUUGUGUCUCUCUGGGUGUUUUUAUGGCUUUGACUGUGUAAACACUGUAAUUGUCUGUACAAACUAAGGUAUUUCGGGGAAGGAACAAUGGUGGGGUUGAGUAACUCAGACACAUGGUACACACACAGCCCAGAGGGUAGGAGAGGACCAUCUUCAAAUAUCUCCAAGUGAAGACUGUAUCACAUCUUCAAGCUAAGGGCAUUACCAGCUGAAGGAGAGAAGACAUACAAAAACUCAGACAAGGUUUCAUUAAGUCAAGGAAACAGCUGAAUCGUUCAGUCAGUUUUUAUAUGAAAAGGUCAACGUCUAUAUCAAGUAAAACAAAGCUUGUCUCAGAUUUAAAGUUUUAUAUUUAUGUGUAACUUAAAUGUGCUUUCAGUGCAACUUUAUGUCAUGAUAAUUACAACAGAUGUCAUGGACCAAAAGGAGGGUGUUAACUGAAUGUUUGCUAACAUUUACAGGGGGAUAGCAGCAUUUUAUAAAGGCUUGUUCACCUCAGUAAAGUGCCGUGAACUGGACAGUUUCCUUGUGACACAAGAAGUAGCUUAGAUGUUAAGAAAAUCUCCCCUAGCUAAACUAAAAUCCUGAAUUGACCUUGUCCUACAAAGAUCAUGACUCAUCAUUGCAGUUCAUCCACCAUCACACAGUCAGUACAUAGUGCCUUACAGCCUUGAAUGUUGUUGAAUGAUGGUGUUCAUAGAAAUAUUCAUGUUAGUCAUUUCUACUGAAAACUGGGCAUAGUGUCAUGUGUUCUGGUUACUUUCAUCUCCACCAGCAGUUUUGCCACAGCUGGUUACAUUUGGUCGCUGAUGGCGUGGGUCUCAUGACAGACAGUGGGAAAAGCUACUGUUAACCUUACAAGUGUUGCCUUACAGAUCCUUCUUAUGGAGAAUAUUUACACUUGUUUUUUUUCUUUUUUUAAAAGACUGUUGUACGUGACAAAAUGUGAUGAAAAACAGAGCAGCUAUAAGCACUUUGUACACCAUUUUUAACAGCUUGUACUUUUUUGAUUAUAACGUGUUUAUGUAUGUUUAUUAUAUGUGUGUUAAAAAGGCAUUUAUAUGUAUGUAAAAAGGUAGACAUACUUUAUAUUUCACUGCCAAUGUGACAAAACCAGAGUUUUGGAUAUUUUUAUUACAUGAAUAGCUUUGCAUAGUCUCAUAAUUCUACAGAAAAUAAAACCCACAAAUAGCACUGAA